ACAAGGACAAAGCAGAUGGCGCCCGUUUUCAGAGCACAAAGGCAAAUCUGUAGUCAGAUUUUAACCUACUUAUUUACAACAAAUGUCUGUAUUAGAUUGUGUCAAUAUUGUUUAUGUAAUUUAUUGAUUGUAAUAGACUAAAAUGGAUUAUAAAUCUUUAGAUAUCAAUAGUUUGGUGAAGUAUUUUCUUAGCUGUACGCCAAUAAAUACGAUGAAUGUACUUAUUUCUGAACAUAACAUUGAUUGGGUUACUGAGUUUGAAAGACAACAAGAAAUUUUGGAAAAGACACUAAAUAGUGAACUGAUUAAAAAGUAUCCCAUAAAAAAAUCUUAUCAAAGAGCAUUUUUAAAAUGGCUCAUGACUAUGAUUGAGAAAAAAGAUGGUAUCAUACAUGAAAGUAUUUAUAUUACAUAUUGCAAUUUGGUAUCUUCAUCCUUUGAUGAAUCUAAUCAUUAUCGGCAUUUUAUAAUAGAUAAUGAAAAUACAGAUUGCAUUACCAUGUUAGAAAGUACAAAUAUUAUAUCAGAAGGGACUACAGGAUUAUGUAGCUGGCAGGGUGCUAUUGAAUUAAGCAACUGGUGUUUAGAAAGCAAAAAUGAAUUCUGUGAUAAAGUUAUUUUAGAACUUGGCUGUGGUGUUGGAUUAACAGGAUUAUGUAUUAUCAAGAAAUGUUUUCCAAAACAAUAUAUUUUCACAGAUUGUCAUGAGACAGUUCUUCAAAUGCUUUCUGAAAAUGUUAAGCUUAAUUUGUUACACAAUGAGGAAAUAAUAAAAUCACAGACAAGAGCCGACAGAUUAAAAUUGGAAGUAAAGUAUAAUUGCACAAAUGUAAAAAUAAUGGAAUUAAAAUGGGAAAAUAUUGAUAAAUAUAUCAAUGAAGAUUGGAUCAUACCGAAUAUAAUAAUUGGAUCCGAUAUUUUAUACGACGUAGAUUCGUUUAGUGCAUUAGUGUCGGGUUUAAAAAUAUUUUUAUCUUUUAAUAAUACGUAUGCUAUUAUUGCAGCAACGAUUCGUAAUGCGGACACCAUUUUACAGUUUCUACAACAGCUAGAGAUUCAUAAUCUUUCUUUUGAAGAAUACAGUGUAUCAAAGAGAAGAGUACAUAUGCAGUUUACAAAUUUACCUAUUAAAAUAUUUAAAAUUUUUCAAAAAAGAUGAUAAUUUAUUACUAACAAAUUUAUUUGUAAAUGAAACACUAUCAUAAAUGUAUUUAACAAAUACUUUCUUAUACAAAAUUCUAUUACAUUCCUUAUAAAACUUCUAGAUUUUUGUGCAUAAAAUUGUACAUAUUUCGCAAAUUAGAU